AGGGAUAAGUUAGGGGGAAGAACAUAGCAGGACCAUUAAGGUUGGAAUUGCUUGUAUCCAAUGCAAGAUGCUGCUGUUCCAGCUUGUUGUGGUGCAUUUGGCCCUCGUGAUUACCCUGCUGCAGUGGCACUCUAGCUCAGUGCUCCUUGCAGAGGCAGCUCUGGAGCCUUUGGAGCCUUCUGCUGCUCUGGGCAUGGGAGCACAUCCCAUUGCCAGUGAAGAGAAGUCACCCACCAACCUGGCAGCCAAACUGUUCCUUCUUGAUGAGCUGGUGUCUUUGGAGAAUGAGGUGACUGAGACCAAGAAGAAAAGAAGUUUCCCAGGAUUUGGCUCCCCAAUUGACAGAAUUUCUUCAACCUCUGUGGAUGCUAAAGGCAAACAGAGGAAAGUGGUUGAGCUGCCUAAAAGACGGUUUGGAGUUCCUCUUGACCGGAUUGGAGUGAGCCGUCUUGGCAACACCAAGGGUGCUUCUGUUCUGAAUGAUUGAUGCUGUAUUGGGAAUAUUACAGAAAUACGGAAGAUGCAUCACAGCAUGUUUUGUCAUUGACUAAUGAUACAACACUCAAGGAAUUGACCUCCGGCAAAAUCUGUUUCACAUUGCAUUUUACAAAUGUUGCAUUUACAAAUAAUAACAAAUUCAAUUCAUCAGGUCAGAAUGCUCUCACAGUUGUGCACGGUGUCACUGAUAGGAAGGAACAGAAAAUAUGUAUAUAGUUUAAUUGCAUGGCAUUUAUUUCUUAAACUUGCAGAAGUUCAUUAUCCUAGCAAGGACUGUUAGAUUUUUUUUGAUUGAAAAUAAACUUCCAGAGAUGCCAA